AUGACCGUCAUUCAAUCCGUGCCGAGUUAUGAUCAUGAUCGUGUCAACUUCGACCUUGACGCGAUCAUUGUCGGUGCCGGAUUUUCCGGGAUUUACCUCCUUGAGCAACUACGCGAUAAACUGAAAUUGAAUGUCAAAAUUUUCGAGGCCAAAUCUGAUAUAGGCGGCACGUGGCAUGCAAAUCGCUACCCCGGUGCCCGAGUUGACUGCCCGGCACCUCACUACGCCUUCUCAUCCAAAAAGAUCUGGCAAGCCUGGACAUGGUCAGAGAAAUAUCCCUGCCAAAGCGAGUUGAUCUCGUACUUCGAGCAUGUUGACAGAACUUUGCACGUUCGCAAAGAUUGUCUUUUCAAUUCUGAAGUCAACAGCGCUGAAUUUGACAAGGCAUCUUGUCGAUGGGUUGUCCAGACCGCUGAUGGGAAGGUGGCAACAGCCAAAUACCUGCUUAUUGCUGUUGGCUUUGCUUCUCAACCAUACCUUCCAGACUGGCCGGGAAUUUCUUCCUUCCAAGGGUCAAUAUUCCACUCUGCAAAAUGGCCCGAGAAGGGUGUCGAUGUGAAAAACAAAAAGGUUGCCGUCAUUGGCACUGGAUCGACCGGUAUCCAAAUCACGCAAGAAUGGGCCAGGGACGCCGAUGAGACAUACCUGUUUCAGCGAACCCCGAACAUGUGCCUGCCCAUGUCACAAGAACGAUUCGAUAUUCAAAAACAGGAUGUGGACAAAAUCAAUUACGAGCAAUUGUUCACCUACUGUGCGUCAACCUUUGGCGGACUGGCGUACCAGCCGACCCCCAGAAAUACGAUGGACGAUUCCGCGGAAGAUCGUGAGGCCUUCUACGAGAAGUUAUACAAAGAUGGGGGCUUCAAGUUCUGGUUCAAUAACUAUCAGGACCUGCUUUUCGAUGGGACCGCUAACCGAGCGGCAUAUGACUUCUGGGCGAGAAAGACCCGCUCCAGAAUCAGCGAUCCUGUCAAGAAGGACCUUCUAGCUCCCUUGGAACCUCCUCACCCGUUUGGAGCAAAGAGACCGUCCCUUGAACAAGAUUUUUACGAACAAGUCGACAAGCCUAAUGUCCACAUCAUCGAUACCAAAACAAAUCCUAUCGUCGAAGUUAUGCCUAAGGGUAUAGUUACUGCGGAUGGAAAAUUUCAUGAAAUCGAUAUCAUUGCUAUUGCAACAGGCUUUGACGCCUUCACCGGUGGCUUGAAGAAACUAGGUCUCAAAGACACUGAAGGUAUUAGCCUCGGUGAGCGUUGGAGCGACGGUGUUUCUACCAAUCUGGGAAUGACCGUCAGUGAUUUCCCAAAUAUGUUCCUCCCGUACAGCCUACAAGCACCCACCGCCUUUGCAAAUGGGCCAACCAUUAUUGAGCUGCAAGGAAAUUGGAUAGCUUCCAUCAUUUGCAAGAUGGAAAAUGAGGGUAUAAAGUGCCUGACCGCCACAAGAGAAGCAGAAAAAUCCUGGAGUGAUGAGGUAAACAGUCUGGCAAACAUGACUGUGCUGCCACAAGCGAAUUCCUGGUACAUGGGCUCUAACAUUCCCGGCAAACCUGUCCAGUCACUUAACUAUAUUGGAGGUCUUCCCACGUAUGGAGCAAGGUGUGCAAAGGUUCUCGAGCAGGAUUUUUGGGGGUUUGUGAAGGACUGA